UCUCUCGUGAAUAAAUCGAAAACAUGGAUCGAUUCUUGCCAAGAAUAUAUCAUCACACCAUUCUACACUUACGCGAGUGUCGGGAGCGUGCUGCUUGCUGAGUUGAGCCUCCCUCUAUCGAAGGACACGAGAUUCUGAAAUGGGUCCACAUUAUUACAGUAACCAAUCUCAUUGUGAAUGGUGGAACUUGCACUAACGUAGACACGGCGUGAGUUCGGCCGAACUCGUGUCCACUCCCCUAUAUAAACUCGCCAGUGUUGCGUUGCGACUACCGUAUUCUACUAACUGAUCGCCUCACUACACGACAGAAUGGCUUCAAUAAAUCUUUCGACUUCGAACGAAGAGACUGUCAAGACCGAUUUUGAUGUCUUGCUUUCUGAAUAUACACAAAAAGAAACCCCAAAGGUGCACGGUGUAAUUGCAAAAUGCGUUGAUAAGAAUGGCAAAGAGGUGUAUAACAAGAUUGCAGGGUACGACUCGGUUCUUCCCGACGCUUCACCUCUUCGUGAAGAUGCCGUGAUGAAAAUUGCGAGUGCCACGAAACUCAUCACUGCUAUUGCUUUGCUCCAAUGUGUGGAGGAAGGACUACUAGAGCUUGACGAGCCUCUUACAAAGAUCCUACCUGAGUUCGACGGAAUAGAAAUCUUGAAAGGCGUGAACGGAUCAGAUCUCACGCUCGAAAAGAGCAACGUACCGGUCACUGCCCGACAUCUCUUGAGCCACACUUCAGGAUUGGGUUACCAAGUUCUUCAUCCGCUGCUGGCUCUUCAAGCAGAAAUGCAGAAAGACACCAAACGGUCUGGACACGUCACAGAGAAGUACAAGAUGCCGUUGGUCUUUGAGCCAGGUACUGGAUGGCUAUACGGGUGCAGCUUUGAUUGGGCCGGACUGGUCGUAAGCCGUCUACACAACGACAUCGCGCUCGGUGACUAUUUCACCGAGCAUAUCUGGAAGAGAGUGGGCUUGUCUGCACCGUUCCCCAGAUUCAACAUUGCCGUACACCCCGAUUACAAAGCCCGCAUGAUGCAAAGUUCCGUCAUACAAGAUAACGGAACACUCGAGCACCUGGACAACUGGCCCAUCAUUGAUGAUGACGAAGCUCACAACGGCGGUGAAGGGCUUUCAUGCACUGCGAACGAUUAUCUCGCCGUCCUCGCCGACUUGAUCUCAGACGCACCAAAGCUUCUCAAGCCGGAGACCAUUUUCCGCAUGUGGGAACCGCAAUUGCUUCCAGGAUCGCCUGGUUCUGGGAUGCUCUUGUCUCUCCGACCGCUCUGGGAAACGAUAACUGGACCAAUCGUGGACCACGGUAUCAAUCACGGCUUAGGUGGUGUGCUUUGUCUCGAGCCUGUACCCGAAAGUAAACAACCUGCCAACAUGUUGGCAUGGGGAGGAGCCACUAAUGUCGUAUGGUGGAUGAACAAGGCGUCGGGCGUAGCAGGGUUCUUCGCAACCCAGCAAGCACCUACCGCGAACCCCAACGUUACCAAACUCGUAGAAGCUUGGAAAAAGGACUUCUGGACACAAUAUGGUGUUAACAGAUAGAACAUCGUCGUAAAGAACAUUAGUCUGUACUCAAAUAUGUGCCAUAAAUUGUGUAUACUAUUCCUAGAUGUUCAGUACUAUUUUGCAGAAUCCUAAAUGAUUCCACUUCUUUCUGGUAGCAAAAAGAAGGGAAAAAGAAAAACAGCUGCGUGUUCGCAUUUUCGACCCAAACGGGUAACUUGAGCUAGGGAGUGACUGAGCCCAUGUGCCCGGGUAGGCGAUUUGUCUUCGUAUUAGAUGAAGAUAGCCCCGCACGCACGAAUUGCGGUUUAACAGGUGGGUUUUCGCAAUCUAUCAACAGAUCGGGAAAGCAGCUCGGAGGUAUUCCAGACCAACCCAUCUCGGAUGCAAGGCCGAAUACCACCCUACAUCAACACACAAUAUCUCUCAUGCUCGAACAAGGAAGAUCAAUGUCAAUGAAAAAGAGUAAAGCGGUUUGUAGGUACUUUGCUGCAUCAUCUUUAGGGUUCCUCAAC